UGGGGUAGCUUCCGGUUGUCGCCACAUCCUUUGUGUCUCCGGCCUGACUUUAUCGACCCUCUUUCAACGUCUACUUUCACUUUUUUAUUUUUUUUAUCCUCGGGGUUGUAUUUGCACAUAUACCCCCAUUUUUCUGCUAUUGAAUGACAGUCGACUCGGAAAUAUUUAUGCCUAAAAAUAAAACGCCGAAAAUGGAUGACUUGGACUACAUUCCGGUAGACCUGAGCCCGGAAGAGCGCUCCGAGCUGGAGGACAUCCGCCGGAGGAAGGGGGUGCUGAUGCAGGAGAUCCAGAGGCUGCGGGAGGAGCUCAGGGAGGCCAUUAUGGAGGUGGAGGGCCUGGAGGCCAGCACGGAGGGCAGUAAAACCCUCCUGAAAAGCCGGCACGUGGCGAUGGGGAGGAAGAAGUUUAACAUGGACCCCAAAAAGGGCAUCGUCUUUCUGGUGGACAACGAGCUGCUCCGACACACGGCCGAGGACAUCGCUCAGUUCCUCUACAAAGGAGAGGGCCUCAACAAGACGGCCAUAGGGGACUACCUGGGAGAAAGGGACGACUUCAACAUCAAAGUUCUACAGGCUUUCCUGGACCUGCACGAGUUCACCGACCUCAACCUGGUCCAGGCCCUCAGACAAUUUCUGUGGAGCUUUCGAUUGCCCGGUGAGGCCCAGAAGAUCGAUAGGAUGAUGGAGGCCUUUGCUCAGAGAUACUGUCGCUGCAACCCCGGCGUCUUCCAGAGCACCGACACGUGUUACGUGCUGUCGUUCGCCAUCAUCAUGCUUAACACCAGCCUUCACAACCCCAACGUGAGGGACAAGCCUGCAGUGGACCGCUUCAUCUCCAUGAACAGAGGCAUCAACGACGGCGGGGACCUGCCCGAGGACCUCCUGCGGAACCUGUACGAAAGCAUUAAAAACGAGCCUUUCAAGAUCCCAGAGGACGACGGCAACGACCUGACGCACACCUUCUUCAACCCCGACAGAGAGGGCUGGCUGCUCAAACUGGGGGGACGAGUGAAGACUUGGAAAAGGCGAUGGUUCAUCCUCACAGACAACUGCCUCUAUUACUUUGAAUACACAACAGACAAGGAACCUCGAGGCAUCAUUCCUUUGGAGAACCUCAGCAUCCGAGAGGUGGAAGACCCACGCAAACCUAACUGCUUUGAGUUGUACAUCCCCAACAACCGUGGUCAGCUGAUCAAGGCGUGCAAGACAGAGGCUGAUGGGCGGGUGGUAGAAGGAAACCACAUGGUGUAUCGCAUCUCCGCCCCCACGCCUGAGGAGAAGGAGGAGUGGAUCCACAGUAUCAAAUCGGCCGUCAGUGUGGAUCCCUUCUACGAAAUGUUGGCCGCCAGGAAGAAACGCAUCUCACUGAAGAAGAAAGAAGAGCAGCCAUAGAUGGUCUUCCUCCCUCCUCCCUUCUCCCUCCUCCUCCUCCUACCUCCCCCCUCCUCCAUCCUUGUGGGACCACCUGGUCCUGAUUGGACCUCAGAUGAAGAAGAAGGCAGCUGCUCCUACCUUGUAAAUAUAUUUAUUCUCUGCUUUCAUGCCGCUGCAUGUCAUCUUCAUGCAGCCCUUUGAAGGCGGAGCCGAGAAAACUGAAGGCGGGGCCUGGAAAUUUGAGAUGACAUUUGGAGGCGGGGCCUGAAAGAUUGACUUUAGAUUUUGAGGCGUGGCUCAAAACACUGACUUUAGAUUUGAAGGCGUGGCCCAGAAGAUUGACUUUAAACAUGAAGGCGGGGCCGAGAAGAAUGACUUUUGAUUUGUAGGCAUGGCCCAGAAGAUUGAGACAAGAUCUGUAGGCAUGGCCCAGAAGAUUGACACAAUAUUUAUAGGCGUGGCCCAGAAGAUUGAGACAAGAUUUGUAGGCGGGGUCCAGAAGAUUGAGACACGAUUUGUAGGCUUGGCCCAGAUGAUUGAGACAAGAUUUGUAGACGUGGUCCAGAAGAUUAAGACAAGAUUUGUAGGUGUGGCCCAGAAGAUUAAGACGAGAUUUGUAGGCGUGGCCCAGAAGAUUGAGACAAGAUUUGUAGGCGGGGUCCAGAAGAUUGAGACAAGAUUUGUAGGCUUGGCCCAGAUGAUUGAGACAAGAUUUGUAGACGUGGUCCAGAAAAUUAAGACAAGAUUUGUAGGCGUGGUCAAGAAGAUUAAGACAAGAUUUGUAGGUGUGGCCCAGAAGAUUAAAACGAGAUUUGUAGGCGUGGCCCAGAAGAUUGAGACAAGAUUUGUAGGCGUGGCCGAGAAGAUUGAGACAAGAUUUGUAGGCGUGGCCCAGAAGAUUGACACAAUAUUUGUAGGCGUGGCCCAGAAGAUUGAGACAAGAUUUGCAGGCGUGGCACGGAUAAUUGAGACAAGAUUUGUAGGCGUGGCCCAGAAAAUUGAGACAAGAUUUGUAGGCGUGGCCCGGAUGAUUGAGAAAAGAUUUGUAGGCGUGGUCCAGACGAUUGAGACAAGAUUUGUAGGCUUGGUCCAGAACAUUGAGACAAGAUUUGUAGGCGUGGCCCAGAUGAUUAAGAUUUGUAGGCGUGGCCCAGAAAAUUGAAACAAGAUUUGUAGGCGUGGCCAAGAUGAUUGAGACAAGAUUUGUAAGUGUGGCCCAGAACAUUGAGACAAGAUUUUUAGGCGUGGCCCAGAAGAUUGAGACAAGAUUUGUAGGCGUGGCCUGGAUGAUUGAAACAAGAUUUGUAGGCGUGGCCAAGAUGAUUGAGACAAGAUUUGUAAGUGUGGCCCAGGACAUUGAGACAAGAUUUGUAGGCGUGGCCCAGAAUAUUGAGACAAGAUUUGUAGGCGUGGCCUGGAUGAUUGAGACAAGAUUUGUAAGCGUGGCCCAGAACAUUGAGACAAGAUUUUUAGGCAUGGCCCAGAAGAUUAAGAUAAGAUUUGUAGACGUGGUCCAGAACAUUGAGGCAAGAUUUGUAGGCUUGGCCCAGCUGAUUGAGACAAGAUUCGUAGGCAAUGAUUGAGAAGAUUUGUAGGCGUGGCCCAGAAGAUUGCAACAAGAUUUGUAGGCGUGGCCCAGAAGAUUGAGACAAGAUUUGUAGGCGUGGCCAAGAUGAUUGACACAAUAUUUGUAGGCUUGGCCCAGAAGAUUGAGACAAGAUUUGUAGGCGUUGCUCAAAAGAUUGACAUUAGAUUUGAAGGCGGGGCCUAGAAAAGUGAAGGCGUGGCCUAGAAGAUUGAGACGAGAUUUGUAGGCGUGGCUCAAAAUAUUGACCUUAGAUUUGAAAGUGUGGCCCAGAAGUUGACUAAAUAUUUGAAGGCGGGGCCUAGAAACGUGAAGGCGUGGCCCAAAAGAUUGAUACAAAAUUUGUAGGCGUGGCUCAAAAGAUUAACUUUAGAUUUGAAGGCAGGGCCUAGAAGAUUGAGACGAGAUUUGUAGGCGUGGCUUUAGAUUUGAAAGUGUGGCCCAGAAAUUGACUAAAUAUUUGAAGGGGUGGCCUAGAGGAUUGAGACAAGAUUUGUAGGCGCGGCUCAAAGGAGUUGACUUGAGAUUUAAAGGCGGGGCCACGGAGAGUAAAGGCGGGGCCUAGAAGAUUGAGACAAGAUUUGUAGGCAUGGCUCAAAAUAUUGACUUUAGUUUUGAAGGCGUGGCCCACGAGAGUAAAGGCGUGGCCUAGAUUGAGACGUGAUUUGUAGGCGUGGCUCAAAAUAUUGACUAUAGAUUUAAAGGCAGGGCCUAGAAGAUUAGAGGCGGGGCCCAGAAGAUUGACUAUAGAUUUGAAGGUGUGGCCCAGAAGAUUGACUAUAUAUUUGAAGGCGUGGCGUAGGAGAGUGAAGGCGUGGCCUAGAGCAUUGAGACAUGAUUUGUAGGCGUGGCUCUAAAGAGGGACUUUAGAUUUGAAGGCGAGGCCAGGAAGAUUGACUUUAAAUUGGAAGGCGGGGCCCAUAAGAUUGACUAAAUAUUUGAAGGUGUGGCCUCGAAGAGUGACGGCGUGGCCUAGAAAAUUGAGAUGUGAUUUGAAGGCGUGGCUUUGAAGAGUGAAGGUGUGGCCCAGACGAUUGACUUUAGAUUUGAAGGCGUGGCCUAGAAGAUUGAGACACGAUUUGAAGGCGUAGACUUGAAGAGUGAAGGCGCGACUUGAAGGCAUGGCCCAGAAGGAUGAGAUGUGAUUUGAAGGCGUGGCCAAGAAGGAUAACACGUGAUUUAAAGGCGGGACCUAAGAGAUUGUGAUAAAAUUUGUAGGCGGGGCCCAGUAGAUUGACUUUAGAGUUGAUGGCAGAAAAUUAGGAUUAUAUUGGAAGGCGCGGCCUAGAAGAUUGAAGGCGGAGCCUAUAAAAUUGGAGUAGGGGCGUAGAAGAUUAAAGGCGCGUCCUAGAAGAUUGAAGGCGGGGCCUAUAAAAUUGGAGUAGGAGCGUAGUAGAUUAAAGGCGCGGCCUAGAAGAUUGAAGGCGGGGCCUAUAAAAUUGGAGUAGGAGCGUAGUAGAUUAAAGGCGCGGCCUAGAAGAUUGAAGCCGGAGCCUAUAUGAUUGAAGGCGGGGCCUAAAAGAUUGCGAUAAGAUUUAUAGGCAGGCCCGGUAGAUUGACUUUAGAUUUGAUGGCAGUAAAUUAAGUUUAAAUUAGAAGGCGCGGCCUAGAAGAUUGAAGGCGGAGCCUAUAAAAUUGGAGUAGGGGUUUAGAAGAUUAAAGGCGCGGCCUACAUGAUUGAAGGCGGGGCCUAAAAGAUUGCGAUAAGAUUUGUAGGCGGGCCCGGUAGAUUGACUUUAGAUUUGAUGGCAGAAAAUUAAAUUUAAAUUAGAAGGCGCGGCCUAGAAGAUUGAAGGCGGAGCCUAUAAAUUUGGAUUAGGGGCGUAGAAGAUUGAAAGCGGGGCCUAAAAGACUGCGAUAAGAUUUGUAGGUGGGCCCGGUAGAUUGACUUUAGAUUUCAAGGCAGAAAAUUAAGUUUAAAUUAGAAGGCGCGGCCUAGAAGAUUGAAGGCGGAGCCUAUAAGAUUGGAGUAGGGGCCUAGAAGAUUGAAGGCGGAGCCUAUAAGAUUGGAGUAGGGGCCUAGAAGAUUGAAGGCGGAGCCUAUAAGAUUGGAGUAGGGGCCUAGAAGAUUGAAGGCGGGGCCUAGAACCUAGUAGGUAGUAAGCACAAUUAUGGAUGACUUUUAAUCUGCUGACUGUGCACAUUUACAAUUAAUUGAUUUGACAUUAGUUUCCAGAUCAGCAGAUUUGUGUAAAGACGCAUUUUAUUUUGUGACUGAUGCCUUUUAUUUUGUAAGUUGUUUACCGCACUUUAUGGUUGAGUCACGCGGCUCUUGAGCGCCCUCCGGUGGUGUGUGUCAGCUAAGGAAGAUGAAUGAUGAUAAUGACAUCUUGUCUCCUCCGUCCUGCUCCUUCUUCUUGUCUUCUGGAACAUUCUUGAAGUGCACAGCUGCCAAAAAGAGAGACAAACAAAUGUUACAAAGUGUUUUUUUCUUUGUAUUUAUUGACUGUGAGAUGAACAAUUGUGUCCAUGUAGCAAAAACACAUCAUGUGUGACAAUAAAGACAACAUUCUGA